CCCCAUUAUAUAUGUAUGUUUUGGGACAUAUGAAGGACAAGAAUAAUUACUACAAUUUUCUCAUCUAAAAUUCUUCCCUUCCUCAUCCCCUUUCUGUAUUCUUUUGCUUUUACCUUUUUGGUGAGAUCUCCGAUCAUUACAUUUGGUAUCAGAGCGCAGUCGCUCCUGACAUAGAAUUAUGGCUGAUGCUUCAAUCAUUCAAACCAGAUCUAAGGAUCUUGCAGUGGCACCAAGACGAUUGGAAGCAUCUUGGAUCGAGGAGAAAGCACAAAGAGAAUUGUUGGAGCAGCGUGUGAAUGAUGGCUUAAAUAGUAUACAAAACGCUAUGGAAAGGAAUCAAGAUCUGAUUCAAGCACAGUUCAAGGCCAUCACCGAACAAGUACAGUUACUCAACCAGAGCAAAUCGAUACUCGGAUGUGGCGGAUUGAUUCCAGUCAACACACUCAGCUCCACCCAUAUGUCUCUGGAAUCACAUUAUACAGCUACUCACAACAUAAACAUAUGCACACCUCCUAAAAUGAGCAGCACCAAUGUAAAGAUCAGAUUUCGAAAGGAUCUGGUGAAAGAAUAUACAUGACAAAGAGAAAACUCAAGGAGUGACUGAGGUCAAAUGUUGUAGAAGAUGAACAGUAUUCCCACAGGUUUCUUUGUCUUCUCUGUUUCAUUCCUACCGCUUCUAAGAAUCCGUUUCGUCGCCGACAUUGCACCGGAUAUUAAAAAGCCCUUAUAUUUCCUGGGGGUGUGCUAGUGCGUGAUUUAGUGGGAACUUGGGACUUGCGGCUUUCCAUCUAUACCGCUAAGCCAGACGUCGACGUAUUGGCCAUAGAUGAUUGCGCGGGAAUUUUUCAUGCUGCUUUUGUAAAUAGGAGGAUACGCACAGCUAGAGAAUGAAAUGUAUGGAUUAAAUUCUUCCCAUUUUUGUUCAAAUUCAUGCAAUAGGGCGAGUAUAGAGAAAGAAUAAGCAGAAGAUGAAUUGACGUUGGUAAUAAGAUCAUAUGUCUUAC